GUUCAACCUCAGGUAAGCCUGUAACUUUUAAACGUUCCUCUUUGUCACAGUGAUCGUCUACCAAUCGGAGAUGAUCACCUAUGAUUGGCUCGCAACGUUGCGUGAAUCAUUCACAGAGCUAAAAGAGAAAGCUAUUAAGGUAGUGUUCAUUGCUUUAAGGAACUCUUUCAUUUUUGUUCCUUUUUUCUUUCUUCUUUUUUCCCCCCUCUUCCUUGUUAUAAAGAAAUCCCAUCGAAUGUCACCAAGAAAAAUUUCCAUUGUUUGUCUUCCCGGGGACGGUGUUGGCCCUGAAAUUGUUGCUGAAGCUGUCAAGGUGCUCAAAGUCGUCGCUGAACAUCGCUCUCAUGUUCUCGGUGUUGAAUUCGAGUUCCAGUAUGAAUUGAUCGGUCUUGAUGCGAUGGAAAAAACCGGUGAACCUCUUCCCGACAGUGCUCUUGAAGCGUGUAAAGCCGCUGAUGCUAUCCUCUUGGGUGCCGUGGGCGGUCUUCCCGGCAAUAAAAAGAUCGAGAAUGGGCCACGUCCAGAACAAGGUCUUUUGAAACUGAGAAAGUCGCUCGAUUUAUUUGCCAAUUUACGUCCCGUGUCUUUUGCCUCUGAAAAGUUGACAGGUCUGUCUCCUUUGAAAGAUCAUGUGGUGCAAGGCACCGACUUUGUCUUUGUACGUGAAUUAGUAGGUGGUAUUUAUUUUGGUGAUCGUAAAGAAGCUGGAGAAGAUGGCCAAGCUUACGAUACCAUGCCUUAUUCUCGUCAAGAAAUUCAACGUAUCACUCGUUUAGCAGCUCUUUUAGCAAAAAAACAAUCUCCGGUGGGCAAAGUGCAUUCUGUCGAUAAAGCCAAUGUACUUGCUACUUCACGUCUAUGGCGUCAAACCGUGACCGAUACAAUGGAGCAAGAAUUCCCCGACUUGCAAUUUGAUCACCAACUCGUCGACUCGUGUGCCAUGGCCAUGGUGCAACGUCCCAGCUCCUUGAACGGUGUCGUCUUGACAGAAAAUAUGUUUGGUGACAUUUUAUCCGAUGAAGCUUCCGUCAUUGUAGGAUCGCUAGGAUUAUUGCCAUCCGCUUCCUUGAAUGGUUUGCCCGAUGGUCAAGGUAAAUGCUUGGGUGUCUAUGAGCCUAUUCACGGAUCGGCACCUGACAUUGCUGGACAAGGUAUUGCCAACCCCAUUGCCACCAUUUUGAGUGCAGCCAUGUUGUUGAGAUAUUCGCUUGGAUUUGAAGCCGAAGCAUGUGCGGUGGAAGAAGCAGUGCGUAAAGUAUUAGAUGCAGGAUUUUACACGCGCGAUUUGAAGGGAGAUAAAACAACAGUAGAAGUAGGUGAUAAAGUCGCUGAAGAGUUGGCUGCUCUACUGAAGCAGUAAAUGGCUACCUCUCUCUUUUUCUGUUUUUUCCUGUUCUCUAUAUACUUUUUAUUCAAAAUACCAUUUUCAAAAAAAUAUGUAAAUUUCUUCAUUUUUGCAAAUAAAUCAUGACGCUUUGCUUUCAAUUGUUUCGUGAUUACGGCUAUCGAUACCAUUCCUCGUAACCCAACUUUUUUUUUAAAAUGGAAAAAAAAAAAAAAGGUAUCUGCAGCUUAUACUGUGUCUCUGU